GGGAGUAUAUAGAGGAACACAGGGGUCUGUACAAGGACGUGAUGAUGGAGAAUCACCGGCCCCUCACAUCACUGGAUGGGCCCAGUAACAGAGAUACCCAAGAGAGAUGUCCCCGUCCUCUGUAUUCCCAGGAUUGUACAGAGAAGAAUCACAGGACCCCACAGGAGGAUCAGGGUGAAGCCCAAUUAAAUAAUAUUAAAAUCAAAGAUACAGAGGGAGAAGAAGAGACAUAUGUGACUGAUAUAAAGACAGAAGAUAUAGAGGGAGAAGAAGAGACGUAUGUGACUGAUAUAAAGACAAAAGAUAUAGAGGGAGAAGAAGAGACGUAUGUGACUGAUAUAAAGGCAGAAGAUAUAGAGGGAGAAGAAGAGACGUAUGUGACUGAUAUAGAGAUAGAAGAUACAGAGGGAGAAGAAGAGACGUAUGUGACUGAUAUAAAUGCAGAAGAAAUAGAGGGAGAAGAAGAGACGUAUGUGACUGAUAUAAAGACAAAAGAUAUAGAGGGAGAAGAAGAGACGUAUGUGACUGAUAUAAAGACAGAAGAUAUAGAGGGAGAAGAAGAGACGUAUGUGACUGAUAUAAAGACAAAAGAUAUAGAGGGAGAAGAAGAGACGUAUGUGACUGAUAUAGAGAUAGAAGAUACAGAGGGAGAAGAAGAGACGUAUGUGACUGAUAUAAAUGCAGAAGACAUAGAGGGAGAAGAAGAGACGUAUGUGACUGAUAUGAAGGCAGAAGAUAUAGAGGGAGAAGAAGAGACGUAUGUGACUGAUAUGAAGGCAGAAGAUAUAGAGGGAGAAGAAGAGACGUAUGUGAGGGGUGAUCAGCAGUGUAAGGAGGAGGAGAUCCCUACAGAUAUCAGCACAGGUGGACACACAAGCAGGAAUAUCUCAGAAGGACAUCUAAUGUUAUCCCCGGAUUGUGACAUAAAAGAUAAUGACAGUAGACAGGAUUCUCCAGGAGAUAACCCCAUUACCCCAAUUAUACAUCCAGCUCUAUCAGCUGAUCCCCCUGAUCCUGGGAAAUGUUCUCCUGAUCACUCUGAUAUUGGUGCAUCUGUUACAGCUCUGAGAGUAGAUACAGUGUUUCCCUGUUCUAUAGAUGCCAUCUAUUUUACACAGAACACAAAACGUAUUACCCAUCAGCCAGCUAAGGAAGGUGAGAGGCCAUUUCCAUGUUCUGAGUGUGGGAAAUGUUUUGCACGGAAAUCAAAUCUUGUUACACAUCAGAGAAGUCACACAGGUGAGAAGCCAUUUUCUCGCUCUGACUGUGGGAAAUGUUUAAGUAAAUCACAUCUUGUUAUAUAUCACAGAAGUCAUACAGGUGAGAGGCCAUUUUCUUGCUCUGAGUGUGGGAAAUGUUUUACAUGGAAAUCACAACUUGUUACACAUCAGCGAAGUCACACAGGUGAGAAGCCGUUUUCUUGUUCUGAGUGUGGGAAAUGUUUUUCCCAGAAAUCACAACUUGUUACACAUCAGAGAAGUCACACAGGUGAGAAGCCAUUUUCUUGCUCUGAGUGUGGGAAAUGUUUUAGAUGGAAAUCACAACUUGUUACACAUCACAGAAGUCACACAGGUGAGAAGCCAUUUUCUUGCUCUGAGUGUGGGAAACAUUGUUUAAAUAAAUCACAUCUUGUUAUACAUCAGAGAAGUCACACAGGUGAGAAGCCAUUUUCUUGCUCUGAGUGCGGUAAAUGUUUUUCCCAGAAAUCACCACUUGUUACACAUCAGCGAAGUCACACAGGUGAGAAGCCAUUUUCUUGCUCUGAGUGCGGUAAAUGUUUUUCCCAGAAAUCACCACUUGUUACACAUCAGCGAAGUCACACAGGUGAGAAGCCAUUUUCUUGCUCUGCGUGUGGGAAAUGUUUUACACGGAAAUCACAACUUGUUAGACAUCGGAGAACUCACACAGGUGAGAAUACAUUUCCAUGUUCUGAGUGUGGGAAAUGUUCUGCACACAAAUCAGAUCUUAGAAACCAUGAGAGAAGUCACACAGGUAAGAAGCCAUUUUCUUGCUCUGAAUGUGGGAAAUGUUUUACACAGAAAUCACAACUUGUUACAUAUCAGAGAAGUCGCACAGAUAAGAGGCCAUUUCCAUUUUCUUCAAUCAAUCUCCAGUACAUAAGUUGGGAUGAUUCCUUGGACCUCCCUGACCUGACCCCUGACUAUUCUGACACAGCUAAAAGAGCCAAGGAAGGUUCAGAUAUACUAUCUCCACUGCUCGAUGCUAAACUAGCCCCACUCACUGAAGCAGUGACCUCCGCAACCGCACUUCUGAAACAGCACACCUCCCGCUUAACAGAAGCUGAAGAUAGGAUCUCUACUGUGAAAGAAGAAUUAACGAAUUUGGCCUACUUGCUGGGAUGGGCCAAUGUCCGUUAUGAUCUCAUGUUACUGUUUGGCAUUUCUCAGCAAAGGACAGGACGACUGAUCUGUAUUAAGGAGAGGAUGAAUGGGGCCAUGUAUCGUGAAAUUUUGGACAAAAAUCUCCUUCCUUCAGUAAGAGCAUUGAAGAUGGAACGUGGCUGGGUCUUCCAGCAUGACAAUGACCCCAAACACACCGUCCGGGCAACUAAGGAGUGGCUCUGUAAGAAGCAUUUCAAUGUCCUAGAGUGGCCCAGCCAGUCUCCAGACCUCAACCCAGUAAAAAUAUCUGUGGAGGGAGUUGAAAGUCCAUGUGGCCUGGCGACAGCCCCAAAACAUGACAGAUCUAGUGAAGAUCUGCAUGGUGGAAGAGAAGGCCAAAAUACCUGCUGCAGUGUGUACAAACCUGGUCAAGAACUACAGGAAACGUUUGACCUCUAUGAACUGUCGGUUCUGAAUAAGGGACUAUCGUUCAUCCCAGUGUCUUCCUUUGAAGAUUUCCAGUGGAAAGUGGAUUCGUAUAAAGUGAAUAGAAGAUUGCGUUUACAAGAACACUUUGCACAUAAUUUGAAUCCCACGGUGGGGAGUGAUCUCCCUACUAGUUUUAAUACUGUUUCUCAGUUUGAUCCCCAGAUUAGCAAUGCGUCCCUCAAAUGUUUCGCCCGUGUAUUAGACUCUAAGGUUAGUGAAUCUGUGAAAACACAGAAACAUCAUUUUGAUAAUCUGACCAAGGGCGAGAGGGAGGCAUUACAUACUCUGAGUAAGGAUCAGCAGAUUGUAAUCCGCCCCGCGGAUAAGGGCGGGGGGAUCAUUAUUCAGGAUAUACAACAAUAUAGAACAGAAGCAUAUAGACAAUUACUGGAUAGUACAGUCUAUAAUCAGUUAGGGAAGGAUCCCACUAGCAAAUAUAAUAAUGAAUUACAUCAGUUGUUAUCACAAGCAGUCAGUAAUGGUAUUAUUACUAAAGUUGUAGCUGAAGCAUUAUGGCAGGACCACCCGGUGGCACCGGUGUUCUACACCAUUCCUAAGGUGCAUAAGAAUGCAACGGUGCCACCGGGAUGUCCAAUCAUCUCGGCGAGGGACUCUGUAUAUUACAGGGUCUCUAAGUAUAUAGAUCAUUACUUUCAGCCGGUUAUUCAAGCCCAAUUGACGUAUCUAAAAGAUACAACAUCUUUAAUCAUUAAAUUGGAAAAUUUACCUAAGUUACCUUCUAAUAGUGUAUUGUGCACUCUGGACGUGGUGAGCCUCUACACCAAUAUCCCACAUGGGAGGGGUGUAGAGGCAGCCAAGGAUCUGUUGUCCACAAGCACACUGCAACCGGUGCACGGCAGUGACGCGGAGCAUAACUCAUGUGGAGUACGUGAUGACGGAAUUCACCCCCGCCUAACUCCAGCUGUGAGGAACGGAGUCUUUAUUACACAUCACACCUUCUGUAUUCUCUCUAAUUCAUCAAGGAUGGACAAAGACAGGAGUCACAGGACUGAGAGGAUAAUAAAUAUCACCCUGGAGAUCAUUUACCUGCUGACUGGGGAGGCAGAAGAUACAGAGGGAGAAGAGACGUAUGUGACUGAUAUAAAGGCAGAAGAUAUAGAAGGAGAAGAGAUGUACGUGACUGAUAUAGAGACAGAAGAUACAGAGGGAGAAGAAGAGACGUAUGUGAGGGGUGAUCAGCAGUCAGAUGGACACACAAGCAGGAAUAUCUCAGAAGGACAUGUAAUGUUAUCCCCGGAUUGUGAAAUAAGAGAUAAUGAGAGUAGACAGGAAUCUCCAGGAGAUAAGCCCAUUACUCCAAUUAUACAUCCAGCUCUAUCAGCUGAUCCCUCUGAUCCUGGGAAAUGUUCUCCUAAUCACUCUGAUAUUGGUGCAUCUGUUAUAGCUCUGACAGAUACAGUGUUUCCAUGUUCUAUAGAUACCAAAUGUUUUACACAGAACACAAAGUGUAUUAACCCACACACAGGUAAGGCAGAUGAAAGGCCAGUAUGUCCGGAGUGUGAGAAAUGUUUUACAUACAAAUCAGAUCUUGUUAUACAUCGGAGAAGUCACACAGGUGAGAAGCCAUUUCCAUGUUCUGAGUGUGGGAAAUGUUUUGCACGGAAAUCACGUCUUGUUAGACAUCCGAGAAGUCACACAGGUGAGAAGCCAUUUCCAUGUUCUGAGUGUGGGAAAUGUUUUACACAGAAUUCACAACUUGUUGCACAUCAGAGAAGUCACACAGGUGAGAAGCCAUUUCCAUGUUCUGAGUGUGGGAAAUGUUUUACACAGAAUUCACAACUUGUUGCACAUCAGAGAAGUCACACAGGUGAGAAGCCAUUUCCAUGUUCUGAGUGUGGGAAAUGUUUUGCACAGAAAUCAGUUCUUGUUAAACAUAACAGAAGUCACACAGGUGAGAAGCCAUAUUCAUGUUCUGAGUGUGGGAAAUGUUUUGCAUACAAAUCAGCUCUUGUUAAACAUAACAGAAGUCACACAGGUGAGAAGCCAUUUCCAUGUUCUGAGUGUGGGAAAUGUUUUGCACACAAAUCAGAUCUUGUUAUACAUCACAGAAGUCACACAGGUGAGAAGCUGUUUUCUUGCUCCGAAUGCGGGAAAUGUUGUGCAAGUAAAUCACAUCUUGUUAGACAUCACAGAAGUCACACAGGUGAGAAGCCAUUUUCUUGCUCUGAGUGCGGGAAAUGUUUUACACAAAAAUCACAUCUUGUUACACAUCAGAAAAGUCACACAGGUGAGAAGCCAUUUCCAUGUUCUGAGUGUGGGAAAUGUUUUGCACAAAAAUUACAUCUUGUUAGACAUCACAGAAGUCACACAGGUAAGAAACCAUUUUCUUGCUCUGAGUGUGGGAAAUGUUUUACACGGAAAUCACAUCUUGUUACACAUGAGAGAAGUCACACACGUGAGAAGGUAUUUUCUUGCUCUGAGUGCGCGAAAAGUUUUACUUGGAAAUCCCACUUUGUUAUACAUCAGAGAAGUCACACAGGUGAGAAGCCAUUUUCUUGCACUAAGUGUGGGAAAUGUUUUACACGGAAAUCAAAUCUUGUUACACAUUACAGAAGUCACACAGGUGAGAAGGCAUUUCCAUGUUCUGAGUGUGGGAAAUGUUUUGCACACAAAACAGAUCUUGUUUUACAUCACAGAAGUCACACAGACAAUAAGCCAUUUUCUUGCACUAAGUGUGGGAAAUGUUUUGCACACAAAUCAGUUCUUGUUAGACAUAACAGAAGUCACACAGGU